AGUUCGAGGUUUCGCGUGUUGGCAUAGGAUAAUGGAGUCACAUGCAGUUAUUAAAGAUAUUGGAGCCCUGCCCAAGAGACAUGAUAUUACUGUUAACAAAAGUAUAUGGAAAAAUAAAAAUAAAAAAAUCGAUUACCUUGCCCAAGAGUCUAGUAAUUAAUAAUAAUAAUCACAUAAAAAGUCACUAAUCUUUUGUGCUUGUCUUCGCUCCUAUUAUUAACCAAAAGAUAAACUUUGAUCUUCGCUUCAAAGCCCUACAACAAUGGAAGGUGGGUUAAUUUACUCUGGAUCUGGAAAAGGGUACAGAAACAAAAGGCCGGCCGGCUUGACGGGUUUCGUCAAAAGCAUGAACACUUCCCUGAAAAUUUCAUUGGGUAUCUGUGUAAGCUUCUUUAUUAUACUGGUUGGAAUUCUUUUGAUGCUUAGUAUGUGCAAGAUAAUUGAGUUGCUAAAACGCAUUGCAACAUCACAACACAUAUUGGCUAUACAUAAUAAUAAUGCACCUUCCAAGUUAGCACCCAGAAAGUUUUCUGCACGAGAAAUUUCUUGGGCGACAGAUUAUUUCUAUGACGGUAGAAUCAUUGGUAGAGGAGGCAAAGGAAUAGUUUACAGAGGAGUUCUACAAGAUAAAAGCGUGGUGUCCAUAAAGAAGUUCAAGUUAGACGUACCUAGUAGAAUUGUCUCUAAAAUCUUUGUUAACGAAGUGACUAUUCUUUCUCAGAUUAAACACAGACAUAUUGUGAGGCUCUUAGGUUAUUGUGCAGAUCUGGGAGGAGAAACCUUAGUUUGCGAGUUCAUCAACAAUGGCACUCUUUACGAGCAUAUUCAUGGAAAAAGCAAAGGAUCAUCAACACUCUCAUUCCAAAUGCGAAUGAAGAUAGCAGUAGAAAUCUCAGCAGCACUAGAAUACUUGCACUCCUCCUCUUCUACUUCCAAGAAUAUAUCAAUCGUACAUCUAAAUGUGAAUUCGAAAAGAAUACUAUUAGAUAAGAAUUACAGGGCAAGAUUGGCCAACUUUAGAGAGGCAAAAGUGAUUCCUCAAGAUCAAACUCAAAUACAAGGUACCCUGCGAGGUUUAGCCGGAUACUUAGACCCUGAAAGUAAAAAAUCAAAAAAGUUGUCAACAAAGAAUGACGUCUAUAGCUUUGGAGUGGUCCUAGUUGAGCUACUGACAAGCCAGAAAGCAUUUUGUGGUGAAAAGCCUAAGGGACAGAGAGGCCUAGCAAAGUUAUUUGCUCGUUCAGUGGAAGAGGGUCGCUGGGAUCAAAUUCUUGAUGGUAAAAUAAUCAAGGCGGAAAAUUUGGAGACAGCCAAGAAAGUGGUUGAUCUCGCAAAAAGCUGUUUAGGGUUGCAAAAUGAAAGGCCUUCCAUGAGAGAAGUAGCCAUGAAGCUCGAGGUUAUGGCAUGGGAUUAUUCAGCUGCUAAGGGACUGGCUAAGUUGAAUUUUUCUCCUUCUCCCAAAGAGACCGACGAGUUGCUUGGGUCACCUUCAAACGCUCAACUUCUUCAUGUCAGACGAGAACAUGAUGAAUAUUUUGGCCGUGCAGAGUUAUACGACGACAGCAGCUUGCAAAAUCAAAUCGAAAUUAAUGUCGAACUCGUGUGAUGAUGAUGGCCGAUAUAAUUGUCUUGUUGCCAGCUUGCUUGUGAUGUAAUGAAAAUUGUACCUUGUUUCAAUUUGAGACCUUUUUUUUUUGGGUAGACACUGCAAACCCUUAAUUGAUCUGCUGCUAGUGAUGUAUUGUAAAAAUUAACAAAUAUUAGCUUGUUUCAAUUUGAGUCAA